AUGAAGCUGGAAGGCUGUCAGUUGGAUCAAAUGGCACAGGGGUUUCAUUGGAAGGCGCUCAAGAUUCUGCUAUCGAGCGACCCCGUGCUACGGAUACUAAAUCCUAAGCUAAUCGGAGAUAUACAAGGCCCGAUAUCCCGGUCGAAGGUGGCGACUAACGCAGUAGAAGGGAUCAGCGCGAUCAUCCAGCUGCUGGAAGAUGCUGGGUACGUCGCUGGAGAGUUCGAUACGAACGAACUGCUGGAAUGCGAUCAGGAUCAGGUGAUCCAUGCGUGUAGAUCGCUGGAUGACAAGCUAACUCCUCUGACGGGGAGGUGCGAAUCCGCGGAUCAAGCGGUUGCCACGAUCGCCGAUGUCCCGAGGGGGUAUCAUACUGGAUCGUCGUAA